AUGGCAGAGGAAUAUGAGCUGUACGGGGCUUCAGAGUUUAUUAAAGACAGGCUGUACUUUACCACUCUACGUGUCAAACCAAAGAACACGGCCAGCACACACUACUUCAGCACGGAUGAGGAGUUCAUCUAUGAGAGUUUCUAUGCAGACUUUGGGCCCCUCAACCUGGCCAUGCUGUACAGAUACUGCUGCAAACUCAACAAGAAGCUCAAGUCCUUCACCAUGUCUAGAAAGAAACUGGUCCACUACACCAGUUAUGACCAGAAGAAGAAAGCCAAUGCUGCCGUUCUCAUCGGUGCCUACGCUGUAAUCUAUUUGAAAAGAAGCCCAGAAGAAGCCUACAGGACUCUGAUCUCAGGAAACAACACAGGCUACCUGCCGUUCAGGGAUGCAGCAGUGGGAGAGUGCUCCUUCAGCCUCACUGUCCUCGACUGCUUACAAGGAAUACGCAAGGCAUUACAACACGGUUUCUUUGACUUUGAAAAUUUCCAUGUUGAGGAAUAUGAACAUUAUGAGCGAGUAGAAAACGGGGAUAUGAACUGGAUCAUUCCAGGGAAAGUUCUGGCGUUCAGCAGCCCUCACUCGCGCAGUAAGAUCGAGAAUGGUUAUCCUCUCCACGCACCAGAGGCGUAUUUUACAUACUUUUGCCAAAAUGACGUCACAGCUGUGGUCCGUUUAAACAGGAAGUUGUAUGAUGGCAGGCGGUUUGAGGAUGCAGGAUUCGAGCACCAUGACCUCUUCUUCCUGGAUGGGACCACGCCCUCCGACCUCAUCAUUAGGCGCUUCCUGCACGUGUGUGAAAGCACUGAAGGAGCCGUGGCUGUGCACUGUAAAGCUGGCCUGGGCCGUACAGGCACUCUGAUUGGCUGCUACCUGAUGAAGCACUUCCGGUUCACUGCAGCUGAGGCCAUCGCUUGGAUCAGAAUUUGCCGGCCUGGAUCCAUCAUCGGCCCCCAGCAGAACUUCUUGGAGGAGAAGCAGCACAGUUUGUGGGUCCAGGGCGACGUCCAUCGCUCCAAGCAGAAACUGGUGCAGCAGAGGCUGAGUCGACGGCAGCAUCUACAACAGCAGUGUCACCAGCAGCAGCUCCACAGCCCUGACUGUGAGGCAGAGAAACAGGAAGCCAUGUCCCACCUACUCUCCAGCAUGGACGACCUGUCAAUCAACACCACGCUUUACAAAUCAUACAGCUUGGAUGAGAAUAACUGUAAAGAAGGCAGUCUAACUCAGGGAGACAAACUGAGAGCGCUGAAGGGAAGACGACCACCUAGAUCGGCCUCCUCCUCCUCAAGGUUGAACCUGUCCAAGGCCUCUCACUGCUCCAUUCCCCCGCCUCCUAGGCCCCUUAAGGGCCCCCUGUCCUUCUCCUCCUCUUCCUCCUCUUCUAAGAAGCUGAUACGAAGCUCCUCCUCCUCCACCAUGCACAUCAAGAGUCCCUUCAGCCUCGGUCUGUUCAGCACCAGGCCUGCUGUCAUUCACUGACUUCACAGUUUGGACGUUUCCAUUCUGCUCACAAGUCGAGUCGACUGAUGAUGGAGUGAAAAACAGGACCACCAACAUGCUGUGGUUGUCUGGGCCUUAAACAUUUUAUCAACCUCGACAAAGUAACUGCACUUUAAAUGUAGGGAUUCAUCGCAGAGUCAACUAAAAGUAAAGAAACACCUUCUGAUAUGAAAAUGUUCAAGGACUACACCAGCUUUGAAAGUGAAAUGAAAGUUGGCACCAAAACUCAUCUCCGUGUCUUUAGUAGAAAAUAAGCUAAUGGUAUGUUCAAAGAUAAAACACACACAAUUAUAGAGAAACAAUUUCACAGACAAGUUUAAUUAGUAAACCAUCGUACCUAUAUGUACCUAUAUACAGACUACGUGGUAGUCUGUAAGUACUCCUUUACUUAAGUAAAAGUAGAAAUAUAACAAUGCAAUGUUAUGCAAUGCUUUCAAAAACCUACUUAAGUAAAAGUACAGGAGUAUUAUCUGCAAAAUGUAUUUUAAGUCUGUCAGAUAACUGUAGUGCAGUAAAAAGUACAGUAUUUCCCUUCAAAAGGGAUGAAAGGAAAAGACUCAAGCAACUUACAAGUACCUGAAAUUUGUGUGCACUACUUAAGUAAAUGUACUUUCCAGUGCUGUGAACAUCUUUCCCAGUUUACACACGACUUCCUGCAAACCUCAAAACUGAAGUAAAACUUCCACCAAGUAAUAAAAAACAAUACCAACUUUAGAUCAUACCAUCUCUAUACUUUGGAUAAUUCUGCUGCAACUACGUCUGACUACCAUAAAACUUCAAUUAAUAGCCUGGGCUUUUAUUUGCUUAAAUCACUGAGCUCUCCCUGCUCAUUGUUUCCGUCAAAUAAACUGAACGAUUAAGUUGUGGAGAAUCUACGGAUCUACCGAUGUGUAGCAAGUCCAUACUGACAAAAAACUUUUAUAUUGCUAUGCAUAAUCUUAGAACUAGGAGCUUACAAUUAGCUAAAGCAGGUGACCCGGCACUUUUAUACAUCCAGAGAACUUCUAUAAAAACCAGACUAGGCGUCUAAUUGAGACCUGCGUUUACUUGUCAAAAUAUUUAGCCACAG